UGAUAAGCAUAACAACAAGAACAAACCUUGGCAGUUUAGGAACUUAAAAUCCAGACAGUGCAGAUUCGCAGGUUGUUUUCUGGGAAUUUUAGGGGAAACCCAAUGUCGAAACAAACAUACAAGGUGUGCUUUUGCUUCAGGAGGAGGUUUAGGGUUGCAGUGUCAGAGGCACCAGAGGAGAUCAAGCGGGUGUUUGAGCAGUACUCUGAGAAUGGGAUGAUGUCCAUUGAUGCACUCCACAGGUUCUUAGUUGAAUUCCAGAAAGAAGAUAAGGCUACCAGAGAAGAUGCUCAGAAAAUUGUUGAUAGUGUUAAGCAUUUUCAUAGAAAGGGUCUAAAUCUUGAAGGCUUUUUUAAGUAUCUCUUUGCUGAUAUCAAUCCUCCUCUGGCUUCUCUUGGGGUCCACCAUGAUAUGAAUGCUCCUUUGUCACAUUAUUUCAUACAUACCGGUCACAAUUCCUAUCUUACUGGGAAUCAACUCAGUAGUGACUGCAGCGAUGUCCCAAUCAUAAAUGCACUUAAGAGAGGUGUGAGAGUGAUAGAAUUAGAUAUAUGGCCAAAUUCCACGAAAGAUAAUGUCGAUGUUCUUCAUGGAAGGACUUUGACUACUCCGGUGGAACUCAUCAAGUGUUUGAGGUCUAUUAAGGAGUAUGCUUUUGUUGCGUCGGAAUACCCGGUUGUUAUAACACUAGAAGAUCAUCUUACCCCAGAUCUUCAGGCUAAAGUUGCUGAGAUGGUGACUCAAACCUUUGGAGACAUCCUGUUUUCACCUGGCUCGGAAUGCCUGAAGGAAUUCCCGUCUCCAGAAUCAUUGAAAGGACGCAUAAUCAUAUCUACUAAACCUCCAAAGGAAUACCUUGAGGCCAAAGAAGUUAAGGAAAAUGAGAACGAUCCAGAGAAGGUUAAGGCUAGUGAUGAAGAAGCUUGGGGAAAAGAAGUUCCGGACCUUCUCAAAGACGAUUACAAGAAUGACUUGGGUGAAGAAGAUGAGGAAGAUCUCGAUGACGAUGGAGAUAAGUCACAACAUGCUUUAGCACCGGAAUAUAAACGUUUAAUUGCUAUUCAUGCCGGAAAGCCAAAGGGAGGAUUAGAAGAGUGUCUAAGGGUGGAUCCCGAUAAAGUAAGACGUCUUAGCAUGAGUGAGCAACAACUUGAAAAAGCUGCGAUUACUCACGGAAAAGAAAUUGUCAGGUUUACACAGCGGAAUAUUCUUAGGGUAUAUCCGAGGGGUACACGUGUCGACUCUUCCAAUUACAACCCAUUAAUCGGAUGGAUGCAUGGAGCUCAAAUGGUCGCAUUUAAUAUGCAGGGUUAUGGAAGAUCUUUAUGGUUGAUGCAUGGAAUGUUGAAAGCCAACGGGGGAUGCGGAUACUUGAAAAAACCCGAUUUCCUAUUGAAUCCUAACAAAGUCUUUGAUCCAAAUGUCAAGUUACCGGUUAAAAAAAUUUUGAAGGUAACUAUGUAUAUGGGCGAAGGGUGGUAUUAUGAUUUUCAUCACACUCAUUUUGAUGCGUAUUCUCCUCCGGACUUUUAUGCAAGGGUGGGGAUUGCUGGAGUUCCGUUCGAUUCAGUGAUGAAGAAAACAAAGACAUUAGAAGACAAUUGGGUGCCUUGUUGGAACGAGGAAUUCGAAUUCUGUCUAACUGUCCCCGAACUGGCUCUACUUCGGGUAGAAGUGCAUGAAUACGACAUGUCUGAAAAGGAUGACUUUGGAGGCCAAACAUGCCUACCAAUUUCGGAGCUAAGAAGUGGUAUCCGAGCAGUUCCCCUCAACAGCCGCAAGGGCGAGAAAUACAGCUCUGUAAAGCUCCUCAUGCGCUUUGAAUUCUUCGACCCAUAGGCACCCGAAGUUGAGUUCUGGUCCAUACUUCCAAACCAACCUUCAAUCUGUUUGACGGGAUGUGAGCUUGUGUGCAGUUUUACCGUAUACGUUACAUGUUUGCUGCUUGUUUAUAUUACACGGACUUGGGGUGCGAUAUUUUUAAUUUUUUCCUUCUUUUUCUCGAAUUGCUUCUAUCAUUGCCGUGUGUAAUUAGCCAUGUUUGUAAUUAUGUCUCCGAAUCUUACCGUUUAUUGUUUAAUUAGCAAAUGAAAUAAUCCCGUAUUUGAAUGUUUUUCGAA